UUGCACAGGUCAAUAGAUGACAUACUUCUACAAGGAAGGAGUCGGUAUCAUUCCCAAGCCAACUUGACUCAGCAUGUCUUUUAUUGGUCCUCAUUUGGCAGUUGGUAUUCAUACCUUGUUUCUAGUGACUGGCGUAUUAGCAAAUUUAUUCAUCCUGAUAGUUAAUUUCCAAGACUGGUUAAAAACCCAUGAUUCCAACCCAGCAACACUUAUAAUCAACAGCAUUGCCCUCAUCAAUCUCUUCUUCCAAGGAGCAGUUGCAUUUAAUGAGGUCGCCAGCUUCAUGUUUGUGGAGUUCUACAUACAAGUCUGGGUGGUAAAUCCUUUGGUCAUCAUCAUGUCUUCAUUGGCAUUCUCAAGCCUUUGGUGCUCCACCUGUCUAUGCUUCUACUACUUCAUUAAGAUAAUCAAUUUCAGCAGCUCCUUUUUUCACAAGCUCAAGGCAAAGAUUCCUGCAGUUGUACCAUGGUUACUCAUUAUUUCUGUUGCUGUAUCUUGGUCAGUUGGGGUACCAGCCUACUGGGAUCUAUACAUGGACAUUAAGCCUAUGCCUGCUCUUACAGCUCACAAUGCAACAUUAUUAUUUUCUGCCACUCUUAAAAGCAAAUGCAAAUGUCUAUUUGAGAUGUAUAUGUUGUUUGCUGCUCUUGCUUUUUCUAUAAUAUUUAUCACUGCUGGAUCCAUCAUCACCUCUUUGUGUAAGCAUAUGAUACGCAUGAAGAAAAGCAAUGAAGGUUCAGGAAAUUCAAGAAUUCAUUCUCAUUUAUCAGCGGCUAAAACAGUGACUUCUCUUCUUCUACUGUAUUUGAUAUUUUUUGGUUUUCUGAGUUCAUUAUUUAGUGAAGUGGAGAAUGCUAGGAGCUUAAUAUUUUUCCUUUCAUUUAUUGUGGUUUCCAGUUUUCCAACAUUUAAUUCAAUAAUUUUGAUAAUGGGGAACCGGAAGUUAUCAAACAGCAUGAAGAACCUUUUAUGUAUGAGAUUAACUGCUGCUAACACUGAAGUUACUAUAACUACCUACUAACAUUAUCUAUGUUGACCCUCCACUACUAGGCAAUUUUUACUUCUUCUCUAUAUCCUGAUUAAUCUACAC